CAGGCUAACAUGCUGCCGGACGCCUACGGCUGCGUUGUGGCGAACAGGUUCGGGGACCUUCUGGAUGACGAAGCCGACCCGUUUGACUUGAUGAGCGAAGUGGAGACGAUGAAGGAGAAGAAGAAGAAGAAAAGGGAAGAGGAGGAGAAGAAGGGCAAGCAGAAAAAACCUGGCCAGAAGGAGUCCCAGAAGGACAGACGCCUCCCCCUCGCGUCGGAUGGUCAGGACCCGGCUCCAGUCCGUAAGCAGCAGCAGCAGCAGCAGGCUCGUCCUGGACCGCUGACAGAGAGCAGGGAUGGCAGAGAGGAGGCCCAGAGGGGCACAAAGAGGGCUGCCUUCCUGGAGCGUAGAGCCAACCAAGAGGAGUACCCCCAGGAGUUUUCUGUCUCUAGGCCUCCCAAUAAUGCAGACUCUGACUUCAGGGCCAGAGGUGGGGUCAGGGGUAGGAGAGGAGCAAGAGGCGGAGGAGGAUACACAAGGAACUCGGACAACUUCAACCUGAGGGGCAAGAGAGAGUAUGAUCGACACAAUGGAACAGGUAUCUCUCCUGAGGAAAAGAGAGGAGGCAGAGGACCCUGGAACUGGGGCUGUGUUGAGGAAGCUGCAAGUGAAUUAAUGGAGGUGACUUCCGAUGCUCCAGUCAAAUCUGAGGAGCCCCAAAUACCUGUGGAUGAAGAUCAGAACCGAGCAAUGGAAGAGGAUGGCGAGAUGGUGGUGCAGGUCGCCAUGGAGAUGACCCUGGAUGAGUGGAAGGCCAUGCAGGAGAUAAGUCGUCCCAAGGCGGAGUUUAAUAUCCGCAAAGCAGAGAACAAGAUUCCCUCCAAAGCCAAGGUCAUCCACCAGUCAAAGCACCUGGAGAACAUCAAAGGGACUGUGGAGGACAUGGAUGACGGCAAUUUCCUCCGUAGGUCUGUGAAUGAUAUCACAUCCCUUAUGGACAUCAAUUUUGGGAGUCUUGGACGGCCCAGUCGUGGGGGUCGGGGAAGGGGAGCACGAGGUGGUCUGACUAGUCGCCCAGAGAGAGCCAAGCCCAUGUUGGAUAGGGAGGAUGAUCUGGCUCCUAACCCAGAUGACCCAGAAGACUUCCCAGCACUAUCAGCAGGGAGAUAACUGAAUUCACUUCUCUGGGUUUAUCUCCUGUGGGGAAUAUUGGUUGCACUUGACACUUGCUAAAAAAAGAAAAACCCCACUGUUCUCAUGUUUCUGCUGUUCUUAAGGUUUGGGGUUUUAUCGAACUUGAUUUAUUUUGUUCUAUUUCACCAAAGGCACUGUUUAGCACUUGACU